UUCAACUAAAUCAUAAUAAAUAAAAAUGUCACACAAGUCAACAGUUUUAAUUAUAAUUUUUUUAUCAUUCAAUUGUUUKUGUAUUCAACCGGGAAAUGCUGCAAGAAUAUUAGCUAUAGAGACGUUUGCAGGCAGGAGUCAUUGGAAUUUUAUGAGCGCUGUUCUCCGAGCAAUGACGGAUAAUGGACACAACGUUACUGUUUUCACACCAUUCCCUGACGGUAAUCGUGAAAAUUAUACGGAAAUAGACAUUUCUAGUAUGUUUCCAAUGAAACAUAUUGAUAUGGAUAUAGUGAGUAAGAGAGAAACAUAUAGCAAUCAAUUUAAGCCAAUUCCAUACCUGAUGAAAUUAGGUAGACUAAGUUGCGAGAUAUUGCACAAAAAUGAGCAACUAAAUGAUUUUWUGGCAAACAAAUUACAAACCGAUUUCGAUGCAAUUGUCAUUGAACCUGGAAUAGCRUCAGGUUGCUUAUCAUACGUGGGAGCAGAUUCAAACUUGCCAGURAUUWACACGACUCCGAUUCCAAUAAAUACUUAUACGGAACGUAUAACAUAUGGUGAAGUCCAUAAUCCAGCAACAGUUUCAACAAUGUUAUUUCGUUCCGCUGUUCCUAAGACGUUCGUUCAACGGUUGACUAAUACACUUGUUUUCUUGUACACCAGUGUAAUUGUCAGGUUUCAAGAAUUCUUACUUCAAUCAUUCGAUUCAAAACCUUAUGAGUUAGCAACGAUCAAACCUCCGUCAUUGGUCUUUAUGAACACUCAUUUCAUAAGCGAUAAGCCUAGGCCAACUCCUUCAAACGUUGUAAAUAUCGGCGGCAUUCAUUUAAAACCACCUAAAAAAAUACCUAUGGACCUAUUGGAUUUUAUUGAAGACUCGCCACACGGAGUCGUUUUGUUCACAUUUGGUUCAACUACUGCAAUGUCUUCAAUACUACAGUAUAUUUUAACCACUUUUAAAGAUGCAUUAGCUGAACUUCCACAAAGAGUUUUGUUAAAAUACGAAGGCGAAAUGGAAGAUAAACCAAAAAAUGUCAUGACACGAAAAUGGUUUCCUCAACGAGAUGUUCUUUUGCACAAAAAUGUUAAGGUCUUCGUCAGUCACGGUGGAAUAUCUGGAUUAUAUGAAGCAGUAGACGCUGRAGUUCCAGUCUUAGGAUUUCCAUUAUUCGGUGAUCAGUAUAGAAACAUAGAUUAUUUAGUUGAGGUGGGCAUGGGAAUAUCCGUGGAAAUAUAUGCAGUAACUAAGAACACUUUUUUGAAAAAUUUAUUGGAUCUUGUUAACAACAAAAAGUAUAUUAACAAUGCCAAAAUUGCUUCAGAAAUAUUUAAAGACCGACCAAUGUCAUCAGAAAAGUCUGUCGUUUACUGGACAGAAUAUAUUAUUCGUCACAAAGGAGCACCACACCUAAAAUCUAAAGCUCUUAAUUUAACGUGGUAUCAAUACUUUUUAUCAGAUAUAAUUACCUACUGCACUCUUAUGUUGAUUUUCAUUUCUAUACUAAUAAUUGUUCUAAAAUUAUUUAAAUGUAUUCGCACAAUUUUCACAAAUAUAUGUUCAUCAUUCUCUAAAGAGUCUAAAGUAAAAUCUGAUUGAUGUAUUUUAUAAUUAACUUUAAGUGAUGUAUCGAUUUAUUAACGUAAUCUUAUUAUGUUAUAUGUUAUAACUUUAUUGUAAUACUACUUAUAUGAAUAGUGUAACAUUGUAAAUACAAGUCCGGAUUGGGUAGUCUCGGCCCUUCGAGAAAUAUUUUUCUAUCGACGCGUAAUUUGAUAUAGUAGGCCAUAAUAAUGGACAAAUUUUAAUAUUGAUAAAYAAUAAUGAACUUAUUACAUUUGUUGACUCUAUUUAUACUAUUAUAAUAUAGCAGUCAUUCAAAUCUUAACUUGGCAUAACAGCCAAUUUAUCAUAAUAUCGUAAAAAUGCCGAUAUUUCGUCCCUCUCAAAAUUAAUUAAUGAUAAAAUUACACGUUCCUCUCUCCUAGAACGUAUUUCUAUAAAUGUUCCUCAAUAUUAUACUCUCGUAACUACUCUACUUUCUAUAUUAAAAUUUAAAACCCACCGUACGGAUUAUCGAUAUAAUAAUCCUUUAGAAAGAAUUCUGAGGAUGGGAAAUGAAUCCGGAAUUGAUUUCUUUAGUUUGUAAGUAUACGCCGUAUAUUUAUGAGUAAACUGUUAUCUAAAUUUUUAUUUAUUAUAUCUUCUUAAUUGUAUAAUAGCUAAUCCU